CUUUCACAAGGCUUGAAUUCAACUACGCCUACAUUUCCCAGCAUGCCUGCAGCUCGGAGCGGAAGUGUCGUCGCAAAGGGACUUAUAAAGCUGCUUCCCAGGCAGCUGAAAUAGACCAAUGCGUAGCGGGGUGAACCUGCCGUGGCAGCGAUGGGACGAGCACGGAGAAAUGACAGCUUGUGCAGGAAUUUAGGCUGAACUGCAUCCCAUCUCAGGCAGACAGACAGGACUGCGACUGUCGGCUCGGGAGCACUAUGUGACAGCUGUCAGUUCUCCCUUCUGAGGCGUUAUGUUUUUAUUUAUUUUUAAAAUGUAAGCAUGGAUCUGGUGAAACGGGUGCUAAAGUUGACCCGGCGGUGUCCUUUGGAUGUUGCGGUGCUCCGUCUCAAACUCGACUAGAUUGCAAUGCUUGUGGACAUGCUACCUCUCUCUCUGUGGGACGGUGACAUUAUUUGCAGCUGUAAGGGAGAAAUAACGGGAGCGUGUGUGAAGGAGAUAACGGAAUUGCCUCUCCGACCGAAGAACUGUGUGAGCCGCCGUGCACUCUGAAGCUCUCCAGGAUUUCACCCGGCUGAAGACACUGGGGACUUUCCAGUGAAUUGUUUUAUAGGUAGAUUUCUUUUUGCAUGUUGCUUUUUUCUCGGCAAAAAUAAGACCACCAUUCAUGCAAUUGCACUGCAUGAGCCGUUAAUCUGCACAUGUAUAAACACGUUCAGUAUAACGCUCUUAAAUCGUUAAAUUACACUUUUUAUUGUGAGGAAUUGAGGCUACUGCGGAUUAAAUGGACAUAAUGUAAGCUUCAACUCUGAGCUGCCAUUUGUCGUUUAUAACUCUCCGCGUGCACUGUCCAGCACAACAUUUUUUUAUUAUGAUACUGGACAUAAGGCAAUAGCCUUUAGCCCAGAUAUUCGCUGGUAAUGACAUAAAGAAUCACAAGAGAGAGAAUAUGACGCCAAGAUGUAACAUUAGUAGUUUUUGUUAAUUAUUUAGCUCACCUUUUGCGCACACCUUUCCACUGGAUGCAUUUUGCCAAAAGGUGAAGUCCUUUUUUUUGAUAAAGCGCAUAUAAGGCAAUGACUUUUAACUUGACAGCAUGAAGACAUCUAUGCACGGAUAAAGGAAAGUUAUUGUACCUGCAUUUGUUUGAUGAAGUUGCGUUUACGCACCGGAAAGCAUGCGCUCUACGACUAUGAAGAUUUUCUAGGCCUGUCGUCUUCUUCUGUUCUGAAAGUAGUUUUGCAUCAAACAUAUGCACAGAUGCAUGGCUUUUUUUAUGAGACAGCCUGCUAUAAAUAAACAUUUUUUAAUCUGGCAAGAUUUCCUUUUUUUCUUUUGGGAAAACAUGAUGUGGAUCCACCUGUGGUGAUUUUCAUGCUGUUUCCAUGCGUAUUUCUUCUCCUCCAGACCUCUGGACGUUGUUGUGGAUUGUGUAUUUAAUGCAAUGGGCUGUAUCCAGAGUAUCAGGUGUAAGCCCAAGAGUUUCCGAGACAGUAUCACCGUACUGGAGGUGAACACUUCCAUCGACCCAAACCCCACCAGCAUUGACGAGUCAUCCAGCGUGGUCCUGCGCUACCGGACACCGCACUUCCGAGCUUAUGCCCGGGUCCUGGUGCCGCCCGUAGCCGGUAAAGAAACAUGGACUAUCGGCUGGAUUCAAGCCUGUAACCACAUGGAGUUCUAUAACACGUAUGGAAACAAAGGGAUGUCGAGUUGGGAGCUCCCCGACCUACGUGAUGGCAAAAUCCAGGCCAUCAGCGACUCGGAUGGGGUCAACUACCCGUGGUACGGCAACACCACGGAGACCUGCACUGUGGUAGGCCCCACCAAGAAGGACAGCAAGUUCACUGUUAGUAUGAAUGACAAUUUCUACCCCAGCGUGACUUGGGGUGUGCCCGUCAGCGACAGCAACGUGCCUCAGCUUAGCAGCAUCCGCCGCGACCAGAGCUUUACAACCUGGCUGGUGGCCAUUAACCAGGCCACCUCAGAGACACUUGUCCUGCAGACAAUACACUGGAGGAUGCGGCUUCACAUCCAAGUGGACCCAGAUAAGCCUCUGGGUCACAGGGCCGUUCUGAACGAGCCCGUGGCCCAGCAACAGCCUCAGAUCCUGGGCAAGAAUGAGCUUAUCCUCUCUAACGCCAUGGUCAAGCCCAACGCCAAUGACGCCCAGGUGCUGAUGUGGCGGCCAAAGAAUGGUGACCCCGUGGUGGUCAUCCCACCCAAAUACUGACCUAUUUCACUGACCAGACUGGCCUUGGAUACCUUAACAGUAUCAUCUCUUAUUUGUUCUUAUUUUCUUUUGUUCCUGCUCGUCACCAGCGCUCACGGCUUUAACCCUUCCCCUCUUUUUUGCCUCUAUAUUCUUCUUUUAAAAAAGACUGACAGAGAGAAAAAAAGAGGCAAAUAAAAAAACCAGCUCUGAGAAAAAGACCAGCUGUUGCUCUGAGGUGGGGGCUUUUGAAACUGGUGCGAACAAACUGCAACCAUUCUACCUUCAAACCGGGUCGGGUCGCACUGUGCUAAAUGAAAUGUGUUGCAAAAAUGAAAAACAAGAGGAUUUCUUUGUUUUUUAUUUCAGUUUUAUAUUUUUGGCUCUUUGGGCCAAGUGAUAUGAGGUUUGUAAGUGUGGGUUAAGUAUUUACAUGACCAUGUCUGCGCACACGCUACACACAUGGGCAUGCACAAACCUUGUGUAUGAAUACCAGUUGGUUUUUAUUUAUGGGCUGGGAGAGAGUGCAUUUAACUUUGUUUGUUGUUGCAUUGGGUGACAUACUAGAUUUUAGUACUUUAAAAAAAACAAACAUGCAAGACAUUCAAUCCAUGCUGCCUUAAGUUUACAUCGCUUUCCACUGCAAACUUUUUAGCCUUAAACAAAGUGCAAUGCAGUAUUUUGCUCAUUUGUCCCGUCUCUUCCAAACUGUUGGUGCUGACAUGUGUGGGUUUAGGACAGGAACGAUACCACAGAAGAAGACACGAGUCUGAAGGCUUUUAUGUUCAGUUGCAUUUACCUAACAAAAUGUAUUGUCUCACGAGUACAACCAGCAUUAUGCGUAGACUAGACACAGUUAUACAACCCAGCUAACUAGUUGUGUUUCAAGUGCAUUAUGCAACAGAAGAGACGCUCUGUACGGAUACAGAGAACACCAGUAAAGCCAACACUUGUCAAUAGCACUCAACACAAUAACGUGCAAUAGCAACUUGAACAAAAAGUACUCAAAAGCACACCUCAGCUAACCUCAUUUCAUUGACUUUAUUCUGUUUAUAGGCCGUCGUAGCAUUCAACGUCAGAACACAAGUUUUCCUUUCGCAGUAUCACUCCAUCUCAGGGCCCCCUUUUUUUACUUCCUUCCCUUCUCUUGAUUCAUCCUUCCUGUCUGGCCUACUCUUGCACACAGUGUUACAAUUGGUCACAUUGAACAAUCAAUUAUUUGAUUAUUAAGCAGCCGCAGAUAAGGGAAAUAACUGGAGACUUAAUUAACGAAGAAUUAAAACUACAGGAUAUCUGCUGUGUUGUCAAUCUCGACAAUCGUAUUCACAUUCUAUUUAUUGUUGUUGCUUUCCUUUAAAUUAAUAACACUCCUUUUCUUCCGUCAUAGUAAGAUCAAAACAUGUCUCUCAUGUUAACACUCAAUCAUCUGUAAUCUUCAUCUACACCAGUCCUCCCACUCCUCCCCCCUUCCCUCCCCUCUUAUUUCUCUCGUUUUCUAUCUGUUGUCGAGGCUGAAGAGCAGAGCAGGAGGCAUGCAAGUUUUAUCCUGACUGCUCGGUUGGCAUAUAGAUGACCCACUUCUCUGCGCUGUCAGUUGUAGUUCUUGCUGCAGAAAUGUGGGUCUUGUCUCCCUGUAGUUCACCGCCAGCAAAUGUAAAAACACAAACACAUGCAUACACAAACAGCUCUGGUCAGCUAAAUACACAUAUUAAAUUAGAUUAUGUCCGUUUAGCUGUUUAUCUUGGAGAAGGGCUUUAGCUGCAAACUGAAAAGAGGAAGAAACACUUGGCAUGGGAAGCCAAAAUAUGGGUAAAAAGUUCUAGACACAUUGUGUUAUUACGUCUGUUAAUGAGCUCUUUUAGUUUGUUCUGUUAAGGGCCCGCUUUUAAAUGAUGCAAACAUCAAUGCGCUCACAAAAUUCCUCUGUUUUGCCUCCAACCAAAGAAAUCAUUUGCAUGCAAGUCUGACCAUGCUCAUGUAUUUCACAAAGAUCAGUAAGCUGCUUCUGUUUCAGUGUAUUAGUGUCUCCUUACUAUCGACAGAAACACGCUUGUUUGAUUUCUUACCGCAAAUUACACGACGAGAACGAUACCACUCUCAUGUUUGUACGCCACAUUUGAAGUUACAGCCAGCAAUUAGCUUAGCUUAGAAAGCCUGGAUACAGCCUGGCUCUGUCCAAAGGUAACAACAUACACCUACCAGCAACUCUGAAGCUCACUAACCAACACAUUAUAAUCUCACUUUUUUUAUCCGUACCAAAAACCAAAGUGUAAAAAUGACAAGUUGUGGCUUUAUAGAGGGUGUUUCCAGUCUGUAUGCUAAGCUAAGUUAGCCAUUCUCCUGACUGUAUCUUAAUAUUUAACAUAGUACAGGUACAAGAGUGAUAUAAAUCUUCUCAUCUAACUCUCAGCAAGAAAGCAAGAAAUAUUUCUUUAACCACGAGUGAAAUAAUUUUCAGUCUGAUCCAAAUGGUUGAAUGACAACUUCACACUUUAGCUAGCUAAAGCCUCUGCAGAGCACCGUGUAGAUUAAUGUUGUAGUAUUUAGCUGAACCAGAGCUCAAACAUCAAUUCAUGGUGUCGAUUUGAUGCCACCAACUAAACUGCUUUGUUCACAAUAUAACUAAUCCACAUAUAGACACUCCUGCUCAGCUUGGUUCAUGUGUAACCACGAUAGCCUCUGCUCCAGACUGGGUCGCAGGGUGCCUUGGUGAAGGGAGAAGUAAAAGGCUAAUGGGGGACUGCUGCUGUCAUAAUUAGAUCUGCCGUGACACACUUACAUGCCCUAGAUGGACUGAUCUGUGCCGAGUCGCGCCAUGCAACGCAAGGGCCAGCUUGAGACAUGGGUGAGGUUUAAGUGAGGUCAAAUAGCAAAGGUUAGGGUCAAAGUGUUUGUGAGAGGGGAGCCAUCAAAGUCCUAAAGUGUACUGCCGACUGUCGAGCGGCAGUGAGGGAAUGAAUACGAAGGUGAGAACAAAUCCAAUCCAUUUAGAUAUUAAUGCCAGCUUAAAAUAACAGUGACAUUUACCAAGCUCAACUUGGAUUUCAACCACAAGUUAUUUCAAUUUGUGGUUUGUUUUGAAGGCAGCGAAGAAAGCUGCGGCUCAUGUUUUAAACUCGGUGACCUUUCAACUAACGUAGCAUUUGUAUCUGCCUAGUAAUGACCUAUGGACAGCGUGCAUAGUACUCGAGCUGGACUACAUGUUAUGAAACCUAAACACACAGAGUGUCCUACACUCACAACAUAUAUGUGUGUGUGUAUUCAUGUGAGCGUGUGUGUUAAAUCAAUCCCAUUUAAGGGAUUUAGGCAGGAUGAGGAGUUUCACUGAUGUGCUUCUGCUGUUAAGUCAUGAUUCUCUGUCUCUCAAACACACACUCAAACAGAAAAGGUUACGUCCUCGUCACAAAACAGGGACAGAGCUUUCAACUCUCUCUCUCUCACACACACACACACACACACACACACACACACACACACACACACACACACACACACACACACACACACACACACACACACACACACACACACACACACCCUGAGGCGAAAGGAGUAGGCCUGGUGUGGUAUCUGAUUGUCACAGCAGUGUCACAUUGACAGUGGGAACUCAUUUAUCAGCCCUGCACGUGGACCCUCUGAACACAUGCUACGAAGCCAUAUGCACAAACACACCUGUUUACUAAUAAACAGGAAGUGACACAUGUAUCUUUUGUGUUGUUAAAACUACAGUGAGGUUUGAAUAUGAAAAGAAGCCUGUCAAGUAUCAACAGCAUUUCAUGUUAUAUUAUAGGAUAAGGGCACUAAUUGUCUUCUGUGUGUGUGUGUCUGUUAAAGAUGUGUUAAUGGUGUGUAUUUUAUGUUCACACAACAGAAGAACUUCAUAUAUGCUUUAUGUGCUUCCUUAACUAAGCCACAGAAAAACAUAUUGUUUGUUUGCUGUAUGGAGGGCAGAAGGUGCCAAAAUUGGACAAAGCCAAAACUAUGCAGUAGGACAUCGGUGAACUCUAAAACCUCUUGGCACUUAAGAACAGGCCUGUUUUCAGUUGUUUUUGAUCAAUAAAUGCAUUAAACAUACUUGUAUUUCCAGAGAAACUUCACAAAAGCAAAAUGUAUGUGGAAGCCAUCCAUGUGGAAGAUUCUUAGUUGCGUUUUCUGCUUGUAGAGUUGUGCCAAGUGGAUGAAAGCCUCCUCUCCUAAACCCACACCGUUACAGUUCUUCUGAGGGCUGCUACCUAUGUUUCAGAACUUUAUGUAGUUAUUUAACUCCCAUGAGACAUUAGUGAAUCAUCCUUCCUUUAUUUAAACCAAUAAAACAUCCCAAGAUUCACUCUCGGGACCACCUGGCUUUAUUUCCAGUCUUUGACUUUUGGUUCCGUCCCCUGAAAUAACGAAGUUUAAGUUCAAAAACUGUUGUUCUCCUUACCUUAAAAUAUAGAAAUCAACAUAGUCCCACGGUUGAAACACAACCACAAAUGUAGCACAUAAGAUAAUAUGAGCGACUACAUAUGUUUCUCAUUUAGUUUGGUUCGUUUUCUGGAAAUACAGCGCUGACAUAGUUAAAGCAGUGUGUGUUCUUUUAUUCAGCUUUGACUUUUACACCAAUACUUGAAAAUGGGUCAGUUCUGGCAAAUAUUUAAAACUGUGAAAAUGCACAACACUGGGGAAACAAACCCUGAAAAAAUAUAUAAAAAAGGUCUUUUUCAUGAAUGAAUAAAAUAUACAAAUAUGA